UUAAAGAACUCUUGUUUUCUUCUGUUUUGUCUUUAAAAAUGAUCAUCAUUAACAAUAUUAAAUACGCUUGUCAAAAAUGUAUCAAGGGACAUCGAUCUUCACGCUGUGAACAUACAGAAAGACACUUAAUGGUAGUCAGAAGAAAAGGCAGACCUGUGAGUCAAUGCGAAGCAUGCCGAGAAUUACGCAAAGUAAGGCAAAUUCAUCAAAAAUGUCACUGUUCAAACAAGAGAAAUGCACCUUAUAUCAUGUCGAUUGAAGCACUUUUAAUACCCUUUUUUAAUAAUUAAAAAAAAAAAAAAAGAAAAAGCCUCACUUUUUAUGAUGUAGCAUCCAUG